AGUUCAAUGGAGCCCCUCAGAUGUCUCCUCUCUUUGUCUGGCAGCAGCAGAACUACCUCUGGGGCAACUAGGGCUGGUGGAAAUGAUGCCUCAGUAUUACCUGUGCCAUUGGCUUCAGAGGAGGAUGAAGAACAGGAGGAAAGAGGGACUACGCCAACUAGACAGGAUUUUUUGGAAGAAGAGGAGGAUGGUGGAGGAUCUGGCGAUGUUGCUGGUUUCAUUGCAGAACAGCCUUCCUCCUCCUCCUCCUCGGCUAACGCUUUGUACUGGACAGCUGUGUUUGACUAUGAGGCAUCUGCAGAGGAUGAGCUGACCUUGCGUCUGGGUGACUUGGUCCAGGUUCUGUCCAAAGACUCGAGUGUGUCUGGUGAUGAGGGAUGGUGGACCGGAAAGAUCCAAGAUCGUGUGGGCAUCUUCCCCAGUAACUAUGUAACCAGGACACAGAGCUUCUCCGGUAAACUACAGGGGAAGAGGGUCGAAGAGCUCCCGUGCUGCCCAGCCUCAGCUUUGCAAUUAGAAGAAAUCGAUUUUUCAGAACUGGUCUUGGAGGAGAUCAUUGGAAUCGGAGGUUUCGGGAAGGUGUAUCGUGCCAUCUGGGGACUGGAGGAGGUGGCUGUGAAAGCUGCCCGCCAUGACCUCGAUGAAGAUAUUAGCCAGACUAUUGAGAAUGUCAAGCAAGAAGCCAAACUCUUUGCAAUGCUUGAUCACCCAAACAUCAUCGCUCUUAGAGGAGUUUGCUUAAAGGAGCCCAACCUGUGUUUGAUCAUGGAGUUUGCUCGAGGUGGAUCACUAAACAGGGUGCUGUCUGGGAAGAAGAUUCCCCCUGAUAUCCUGGUGAACUGGGCGGUACAGAUUGCCAGAGGGAUGAAUUAUUUGCACAAUGAAGCCAUUGUUCCUGUUAUACAUCGUGAUCUCAAGUCCAGCAAUGUUUUAAUUCUGCAAAUGGUAGAAAACGGGGACCUGAGCAAGAAGGUGUUGAAGAUCACAGACUUUGGCCUUGCAAGGGAGUGGCAUAGGACCACAAAGAUGAGUGCAGCGGGCACCUACGCAUGGAUGGCACCAGAAGUCAUUCGUUCUUCUAUGUUCUCCAAGGGAAGUGAUGUGUGGAGCUAUGGAGUGCUGCUGUGGGAACUUCUAACUGGGGAGGUACCGUUCCGAGGGAUUGAUGGUCUGGCAGUUGCUUAUGGUGUUGCCAUGAAUAAACUGUCUCUUCCAAUACCUUCAACGUGUCCGGAACCUUUUGCCAAACUGAUGGAAGACUGCUGGAACCCUGACCCUCAUUGCCGCCCUUCUUUCACCAACAUAUUGUUCCAGCUUACCAUCAUAGAGGAGUCUGGAUUCUUUGAGAUGCCCAUGGAGUCAUUCCAUUCCCUGCAGGAAGACUGGAAGCGUGAAAUCCAGGAGAUGUUUGAUCAGCUCAGGGCUAAAGAAAAAGAGUUGCGGAGCUGGGAAGAAGAACUGUCUCGGGCCGCCUUGGAACAGAAAAACCACGAAGAACUACUGAGAAGGAGAGAACAAGAGCUGGCCGAUCGGGAGAUCGACAUUCUGGAACGGGAGCUGAACAUAAUCAUUCAUCAACUGUGUCAAGAGAAACCCAAAGUGAAGAAGCGAAAGGGGAAGUUUAAGAAGAACAAACUAAAGCUGGAUGGCAACAUUAUUAGCUUGCCUUCUGAUUUCCAACACAAAUUCACUGUGCAAGCUUCUCCAACCAUGGACAAAAGGAAGAGUUUAAUUAAUACAAAGUUCAGCCCGCCUGCAAGUCCGACAAUAAUCCCACGGCUGCGAGCCAUUCAUUUGACUCCUGGAGAUUCUAGCAUUACAAAAAAUUGCAGUGCUGCCGGCUUGAAAGAUGAAAGUGAAGAGGACGAGAAGAAAGAGACAAAGAAGAAAGUCCGCACGUGGGCAUCGGGGGCACUCGGCAGCAGAGAUUCUGGGGCAGGAGAAGACGGCCUCAGAGUUUCUGUCGAGGGAUUUAAAUCCUGUUCUCCUAAUCAUUCAAACCAUAGGAAGCCCCUCCGAACUUCCUCAACACCUGGCUUUAAUGCUGUGACUGAAACAGGGGUGGAGAAUAGUGCAGACACAGCAAACCAGACGGACACAAAAGAGAGCCAAACUCCAACCCCAAACAAAUCCUACCUCUGCAUUCCCUUCCAUAAAGGAGACGAUGUGGAGGGACAAUGUAGUGACACCAGUGAAAAUCCCACCCCAGUGAACUCUGCUAACAGCACCCCUCAGCUUACUCCCACUAAUAGCCUCAAACGUGGAUCCCAGCAUAAGAGGUGCUCCUUGGUUCUCCUUGGUUGUGGAGCUCUCCUUGCUACUGUAGGUUUAGGCUUUGACUUUAUGGAAUCGGGCAAGUGCCAGUUAGGUCAAGAGGAACCAGAACCAAAAGAAGAGAAGAAAAAAAAGGAAACUUUUUUUCAGCGUGCCGCCCGUCCCAGGAGAAGCACCAGCCCUCCGUCAAAAAAACUCUUCGGCAAAGAGGAGUCUCCAUCUCAUCCACCAGAGCCCACAACGUCUCUCACUCUGCAGUCUUUGUCUUCCAUAUCCGAAUGUAAUUCUACUCGCUCGUUGCUACGCUCUGAUAGUGAUGAGCUAAUAGUAUAUGAAAUGCCCACGUCUCCAGUGGAGCAGCAGCUGCCGGUUGUUAUUAAUCCAUUAGUCAAUGUGCACAUCGAGACAUUUAAACGGGAUCCCAACCAAUCCCUCACCCCAACCCAUGUAACUAUGAAUUCCAGAGUCCAUCAGGCUCACAGAAGGACUCCUUCUGAUGGAGCCAUUAAAGCAGUCUCUGUAAUUGCUAAUGGAACAUCCUCUAAUAAUUGCUUUGUAGGCUGCACAGGAACAAGUAUUGUACCUUCCCCAAGUCGAGACCUGCACGAUUUUCCACGUCUCCCGGAUCCCAACCUCAUUUUCCCUCCUACUCCCCGGCGCUGGAACAUACAGCAGGACUCUGCUUUGGAAAGGCCUAAUACCUUGGAAUUUGUUCCGAGGCCACGGCCUUCCACUAACAGGCAAAGACUUGACUCCUGGUGGUUUGUUUCUCCCAGCAGAAACCGCAGCGAGUCUCCAGCUAACAGCUCAUGCACUGAUACUCCAAGCAACCUGGAUUCUUGCUUUGCCAGCAGCAGCGGCAGCACCGUGGAAGAGAGACCGGCAUUUACUGGCUUCCUUCCCUUCCAGGUGCCUCCCCCUGCCAUUGAACGGACUCUGCUGGAUGUGGAUGUAGAAGGCCAGAGCCAGGACAUCACUAUUCCUUUAUGCAGAACCAAACCGAACACUGGUAAAACAGCAACCUGCGAACAAAAACCAGAUUUUUGGUCUUAAAGAUUUUCUUGUCCAAUACGCCAGGAUAAACCAGAUGCAGCCACAGAUCUUGCACUGAAUGCACUUUGAGGAUUAAAGAAAUCACUGGAAGGCUGUAUGGGAUUUAGUCAAUACGCUGCUCAACCACAGCGGUUUCAUUCCUAGACAGCGACCCCUCUUAAAUCCUCUAGAACCUGCAAGAAUUCACUAGCAAAUCGUUUUUUUUAUAUUUUUCUUAACCACUAUAUUGUGUUAACGAGAACAAAAUUCCCGAAUAUUAGCCAUUUGUCCGUAUUUCCGUGAUGUUGCGUUCUUCGUGUUAUCGCUCAAGCCUGAUUUUGUAUUUGUCAGUGAUACACACAGAAGUGGCAGAUGUCGGUGCCAUUUACUUCACGUGGCUCAAGUCUUUUCUGAUAUAUGCAAAUGGGAUCAUGGGAUUUGUCUUCAGUAUUUUUUUCGGAAUAUUCCAAAACAAGUCGCUAACACUGGUGACUGGGUUCCCUGGCCUCGGCCAAUAAACCCCGCACUGACACCCCUAAUAUUUCCCUCUGGCAAUAUUAAUGGCAAACAUAGCUGUGCUUUCUACACUGGACCAACCCCAAAGACAAAGCAGCAUUAAAAUUAGAAAGAGAUAUUUGCUUGGAC